AUGCCUGGCCUCAAGAGUUGGCUAGCCGUCGCCACGGCGAUUGGCAUAUGCCUGGGCGCUUCCCUCUCGACCCCUGCCACCAAGGACAUCAAGCUCCUCAAGGAGAACUGCCCUCCUAACGACGUCCUCUUCCCUGUCCUUCCCUGCGGCACCUUCAAGCUCGAGGAGGCCACCAUCGAUGACAUGCAGGCUGCCAUGAACAAUGGCACCCUCACCUCGGUUCAGCUUGUCGGUUGCUAUGUCCUCCGUACUUUCCAGACCGAUCUCUACAUCAACUCCCUCCUUCAGUACAACCCUGAUGCUCUGUCCAUCGCUGCCCAGAUGGACGCUGAGCGUGCCGCCGCCAAGAUCCGCGGUCCUCUCCAUGGUAUCCCCUUCACCGUCAAGGAUAACAUUGCCACCAAGGAUCAGCUCGAGACCACUGCUGGCUCAUGGGCUCUUGUCGGUAGCCUCGUCCCCCGUGAUGCCCACGUUGUCGCCAAGCUCCGUGAGGCCGGUGCCGUUCUCUUCGGCAAGGCUACCCUCUCCGAGUGGGCCGAUAUGCGCAGCAACAACUACUCCGAGGGUUACUCUGCCCGCGGUGGUCAGUGCCGCUCUGCUUACAACCUGACCGUCAACCCUGGCGGUUCCUCCUCCGGUAGCGCCGUUGGUGUCGCUGCCAACGCCAUCGCCUUCUCCCUCGGUACCGAGACCGACGGAUCCGUCAUCAACCCGGCUAUGCGCAACAACAUGGUCGGCCUCAAGCCCACCGUCGGUCUUACUUCCCGUGCUGGUGUCAUUCCCGAGAGCGAGCACCAAGAUACCGUUGGUACGUUUGGUCGUACAGUUCGUGAUGCCGUCUAUGCUCUUGAUGCCAUCUACGGCAUCGAUCAGCGGGACGAGUACACCCUUGCCCAGGAAGGCAAGACUCCCGAGGACGGCUACGCAUCCUACCUCGCCACCAAAGCUGCCCUCAAGGACGCCGUCUUUGGUAUUCCCUGGAACAGCUUCUGGCGUUACGCCGAUCCCGAGCAGGUUCGCCAGUUGACGGCUCUCAUCAAGCUCAUCGAGGAUGCUGGCGCCACCAUCAUCAACGGCACCGAGAUUACCGACCACGAGAGAAUCGUCAGCCCCUACGGCUGGGACUGGGACUAUGGCACCAACCGCGGCUACCCCAACGAGUCCGAGUACACCGUCGUCAAGGUUGACUUCUACAACAACAUCAAGACGUACCUCUCCGAGCUCGAGAACACAAACAUUCGUUCUCUCGAGGAUAUCGUCCAGUUCAACUACGACAACGAUGACACCGAGGGUGGCCGUCCCUGGCCCCUUGGUCAUCCCGCCUUCUACUCUGGUCAGGAUGGCUUCCUCGCCUCACUCGCCACCAAGGGUAUCAAGGAUGAGACCUACUACCAGGCCCUCAACUUCACCCAGUCGUCCACCCGCAACGGCAUCGAUGACGCUCUGACCUACAAGGCCAGGAAGAUCUCGGGUCUCCUUGUUCCUCCUGAUGUCGCUCAGGCUCCCCAGAUUGCUGCCCAGGCCGGCUACCCUAUGAUCACCCUUCCCGCCGGUAUUCACUCCGUCAGUGGCAUGGGCAUCGGUCUCGGCAUCAUGCAGACUGCCUAUGGUGAGCCGGAGCUCGUCAAGUGGGGUUCUGCCAUUGAGGACCUCCAGAAGUCUACCAAUACCCCUUACAAGCGCAGCCUUCCUCAAUGGAGAGAUUGCCUCAAGAGGAACAUUCCCGUUUAUACUGUUUACGAGGGUUCUGACUGA